AUGCCUUCAUCAGAAGAUGACCGACAAGUUGCUCGAAGUCAUUCGCUUACUGAGCUCUUUGGGAACUGCAUCAAUGAAUACUCUCGGUUCCUUCUUGCUCUCGGCAGCGAAGACUGCCAGGUUGUCAAACUUAAACAGAUCAACAUCGAAAAAGCCCUUGAUGGCUACGGACGACUUAAAGUAUGGGGAGAGCAAAACAGGGCCACGAUUUCGGCUUCCACUCGGGGUUCGUUGGAUGAUACCUUACGCCACGAUGAUACUCUCAAGAAGAAUGUGGCCCAGAUAUUCAACCUCUUGACCCACCAACUCGAAGCAGCUGUGCCAAUUGCCUCCCAGAGGCUUGGUGAUACUGUGGAACCAGGGGCUGAACCCACGAGUAACCCUGAGUUUGACUCAGAUAGCGAGUACUCAUCCAGCUCGGAUGAUAGCGAUGCUUCGGGUGACUGCCUAAGCAUCAGGCAGAGGCCUGACAAGCUAGCAGUCUUGAUGGCACAUAUCCAAGAACAGAUCAAGCUUUUGUAUCAUCUCGACACUUUACUGCGUCGUCCACGGCUGUCGGGAAAGUAUUUGAAGUCAACGAAUGAGAAUCGCCAGGUUUCGCUGAUGGAAAGGUAUGACCAUGCUCAUAUAGAAGAAAAGCACCGACAAUGGAUUACAUCGUUCAAGUCAGAAAGCGAGAUAGAGAGCGAGGCACAGUCACAAGACCUUCCAUCGCAGUCACCAAAAGCCCAAGUCUACAGAACAUGGGAAGAGGAGCCGACCGUCAGCCAUGAUGUCUUGGAGGCGAGGGAAAAGUCUCGAAAGAAAGAUGAUAGCCACAACAUCAUCUCACGUCUCGCCAGAGCAAACACUAGAAGGAGAGAACAGCUGAGGUACUGGGAGCGACAUCCUUUUGACAAACAUAUUGAAGAGGUGGCUUCAGUCACACACAAAGUACCGCACAUUCUCCUUAGAGGUCUAGACUUGGGUAGAGACAUCGGCAUCGAAAGGCCUAAAUCGCUGGCGUCGGUCCCUACUGUGCAGAGCUUCUCUACGGUGGCGAAGUCAGCGAUUGAUGAGACGAAAACUCUAUCGGGGAGGCCCAAAACCGUGUACGCCGCUUCUGUCGUUGCGGGUCGACAAUCCGCUCGUGUCCCCGAUAUUCCUAAAGCAGCGUUCAAUGAGGAUCAAGUGGAAUGUCCAUUCUGCCACGCAAUGCUCGACUCAGCCACAAUAGAAUCAAGAAUGUCUUGGAAGCGUCAUGUGUUUAGGGAUCUGCGGCCUUAUACAUGUACAUACGACGAAUGUUCCAACCCGGAAAAGAUGUAUGCGACACGCCAUGACUGGAUCUAUCACGAGAUGCAAAUGCAUAGACGACAAUGGAAAUGCCAGAAGUGCGAUGUUGGCUUUCAUGCCAAGAGGCUGAUGGCCGAUCAUUUGAUGAAGAGCCACGCUGAGUCCGUGACUGCUCAACUAACGAUAUGCCUUGAGAUGAGCGAGAGGCCACUCGACGAUGAUCACCGAAUGGAAUGCGUCCUGUGCCCAAGUCAACUAUCUCUUAGUCGUCUUCUGGAACACUUAGCUCAGCAUAUGGAAGAUAUUGCCUUAUUUGUCUUACCAUCUCUUUCGGAAGAGGAUGAAGAUGCAAACUCGAACGCUGCCCGAUUGAGUCGAGAUCAACACAAGAACAACCCAGAAGAGAGCUCAAAGGCGCCCACUAGCAGUCUAGGUUUUUCCGAAAUUGAUUGGACUGAGAGACCACAGCAAGAUGCCAAAGACUUUACCAAGCUGAUCGAAAGCCAAGGCCCCGAGAUCGAUGACAACGUCGGUUCCCUCGAGAUAGACAGAUUCUAUGAGGAUGAGCAAAGGGCAGAAGAACUUGCAGCUGAAUUACGGGAGAAAAUAGAUACUCUUGGGAAAGAGGACAUAGAGACGCUUGAGUCCAUGAAAAAUCUCAUAGAGGCCUACCAGAUAAUUGGAAGAAUUGAGGCAGCGAUCGAAGUAAGCGUCCAAGUCAUUCAGGGCUGCAAGAAGGUGUUUGGAGAAACAGAUCCUGAGACGAUGGAUGGUGUCAUACGGUUGGCCUGGAGCCACAGGAGGUUGAGGAAUCUCGAUGAAGCAGAGAGACUUAUCCUGCAAGUACUAGAAACAGACAGGAAAGAACGAGGGGAACAGCACCAGGACACGCUCAGAACCCAGUGGCAUCUAUCGAAGCUUUACCUCGAUGCAGAAAGGUGGGACGAUGCCGAAGAGAUUCUGACAAAGACGGCGGAAACUAUGGAUGAGGUACUUGGCGAAACUCACCUGAGCACGUUGGAGAUCAAGAGUGAGCUCGCUACAACGUACGCCUAUCAAGGCAGACUUGAAGAAGCCGAAGAUCUCGGAAUACAGACUAUGGAUCUAGUCCGGCUGAACGCGCCAGAGGACCAUGACGUCAUAGCCAGAGCUCUGGAUAAUAUGGCUCGAAUAUACUGGGCCCAAGACCGGAAGGAGGAAGCUUGUGUCACAUGGCGAGAAAUGGUCGACUGGAAGAUUAAGUGGUAUGGACUGAAUUCUCCAUUGGCGUUGGAAUCGAUGGAGACCCUGGAGAAGUGGGAGAAUGAGGCAAGGGAGUCAUAG